AGAUAGAAGAAGAGUGAGAAGUGGAUUAGAGAGUGAAAAGAGAGAGAAUGGGAAUAUCGAUUUUGUGGUCUCAGUUUGUGAUCUCACCCACUCAAAAUCCUAUGUUAAGGAAUAAUCAGAGUAGAACCUUGCUAAACCAAAAGAAAUGCAAAUUAAAAGAGAAGAUGAUGACGUGUUCCUGUUCCUUCAGAAGGGAUUUGCUGCUGUUUGGUCUAUCUUCUUCUUUAUCCCUUGCAUUUCCAUCUCCAGGGUCCCUUGCGGAGGAGAAUCAAAAGAUGGCUUCUAUGGUUGAUGAAACCAAUGCUUAUACUUACUUAUACCCACUGGAGUUGCCAUCUGACAAGUUUAAUUUCAAAUGGGUAGAAUCCAGAAAGCCAGAGCGUUAUUCAGCAGCCGCACCCUUGUCUCCCGAUGCACGCCUGCGGAUAGUGUCUGAGCGUAUUGACAUUAUAGAUAACCUUAUCAUAGCUGUUACGAUAGGUCCCCCAAAUGUUCAGUUCCUAAAAUCCAAGGACAAGACUACCUGGACUGCCCAAGAUGUUGCUGAUUCUGUUUUGUCAGACAAAUCUGCACUACGAGUCACCUCAAGUCAGCGUUUAGCUGAGAGUUCAGUUCUUGAUACGCAUACUAGUCAACUUGAUGGUGAGCCAUAUUGGUAUUUUGAAUACCUGGUACGGAAGUCUCCUAUUAAUAGUGCUGGAGAACCAAACGUCUUUCGACACUAUGUUUCUUCAACAGCUGAACGAGAUGGUUUUCUAUAUACUAUAAAUGUUUCAACACUUGACAAACAAUGGGAUAAGACGAAACAGUUAUUCGGUGAGAGAAACCUAACAAGAAAUCAAUUCCAUGUGAAUGACAUGCAGAUGGGACCUAUCCUGGAAAAGACAGUGGCUUCAUUUCGCCUUCUCCCUCCCACCGAUAACUAUGUUCCUCCAUAUAAGGAUCCAUGGAGAUUUUGGUGAUACUUUUUCAUUUAUUCGGUUAUUUGUUGUUGUUGGUGAUGAUCUUCAUUCAGAAACAGUAGUUUAAGUCUAGCAGGCGUAUGAUCAUCAGUUUUGUUCUUUGUUACAUUGAGACUUAGAGUAACAAAUUUAGUUUGGGUUUCUUUCUUGAUUGAGGGUCCAUUCAUGUAAACUCUCUCACCACGGUGAAUCCAAAAAAUAAUGCAACUUAGGUUGGAUUAUUUUCAUUUA